AUGAGUAUCCCAGCUCUUCUCGAUUACGUUCUGGAAGAAGUUUCCUUAGAUGGAGAAGACGGGACAACAAUUCAUCAGUUGUUUGCAUAUGUUACCACCUUUUAUGCCAAAAAUCCUCAGCCUAAAACCGACAUCUGCUCAUUGACGUCCGAUGGUGCGCCAGUUGAUGAUAUGCCAAGCCUUCAGAGGCCCGACCCAGUCGGGGUUACAAUGUGGAAUUUACCUAACUUAGAAGAAGAAUUUCAGGAUUAUGUCUGGGAUCUUUUAAGGAUGGAGAAAGACUUCAUUAUUGGAAAGAAUAAUGAAGGCCGCAAUUUGACCUUGAAGGAUAUCGUAGAUGAUCUUAGGAAAGACAAAAUCCCCAAGAAAAGUGGCGGAGAGUCAGACCUUGGGGAUUCCACUUCAAAAGACCAAGAAAGGUGCGAGAUAGGCCAGGAGAAAUGGAGGGUUUAUGCUUCCGAAGAAAGACGUUGGCGAGCACUUACAGGACAUGGAGUGGAUCCUAAGAAGGUUCCAAAUGCGAUUUUCAAAUGCCUCGAGGUCAUCGGCAAACAUCGUGAAAUGGGGAUAAUUCAACCAGAAUUGACCAGAGUGACCGGGCAGGACAAGAAAUCUGUUCCUGUGCGAACUACGAUGCUCAAAAAUCAAGGAUAUAUUGAGAAGAAGAGCGUUCUAGUAAAGAACCUCAACACCAGCAAGCUCACCUUGGCACGGUUCGCAUUUCAACGGGAUAUAAGACGGAGUGUGCAGACUCCACCAGAAAAAGAUGCUAGAAAGAAAGGCAGGCGGCAGCUUGACAGAGAAGACGAGGGCCCGAAUUUCGCUUGGACUGGGCCUACCAUCGACACCGAAAAGCUUAUCAAAGCUAUCCUCUUCGAGUUAAAAUUGGCAAAAAAUCGAGUCUUAAUGCAUAGUGAUCUAAAAAGAAAAUUGGGCAUGGAUAAAUCUCGAUUUCAUUGGCGUUCAUUCUCAAGAAUCCUUCGAAAAUUGGAGUCAUUGGGCGUACUCAAGCGGAUCCGAGUCCCUCUCAAGCUCAAUCGGAAGUACACAAAGAGGGAGGCAAACAAAGAGAUAGCGAUAUCAGAACAAUGCCAUGCCCGAUGCGUAAGAUAUUUGCGUGAUAUGGAUGCUUGUGAUUGGCGCAAAGUUCUCACUGCUUUUUCAAAACGUGAAGUAAAUAUGGAAGAUGAAGAAGGGGAAGAAGGAGGAGGCGCGGCUGAGGCAUCUGAUGAUGAUAUCGCCAAGGAUAAAGAUGGCGAUGAGUUAGAUGCUGAUGCGGUGAAAGAGCUAGAGAACGUGGACGUUGAUGCGGUAGGGGAGAUCGAUAGGGAUACACCUCAGUGGCGGAUAGAUAAGCCCUUGACAAGCAUAAUCUUUGACAUAGUAGACAAGGCAGGAAAGGACGGGAUUACAAGCAUGGAUCUAAUGUCCAGAACCGUUGGACCUUUAUAUUAUCGUCCGAUGGAUCAGAUUCUUCACCGAAUGACCGACUUCCCCAGGCAGUCACAGCCUCCUCAGUACAUGCACCUUGCUAUAAUUCGGGAAACUGGUAUUACUGGCCGAUCAACACACUAUAGAUACUUCAGCUAUCAAUGGCACCAACAGCUAGUCUCCGAAGGGUUGGCAACCGAGCCUUAUGAGCCCACCCCCAAAAAGAAGGGGGUGAAACAGGGUUCUGUCGGAACCUCUUUGCAGAAGGCAGAUGAUGUUGAUAUUGAGAGAGAUGACUUCGGGUUUCCUGUUCUAGAUACCUCUCGAUUUAUAAAGAAGGAUGGGUCUGGAACUCUGAGGGAAAGCCAGUUACAAGGUAAAAAAAAGGAGAAUCUAAAAAUACUCACAUCGCAAUUCAAUAUCGUCAAUGAUAAUAAGGGUGGUAGAAGUAUUGACUGGAAGAGUAAUCGCAUAGGAGCAGGAAGGCCACGUAAAAAUGACAAAGGGGGGAACCAACUUGAGGAGCAACUGCCACUCGAAGCUAGCGAGCAAAGAAUAUUGGGUUUAACCGAAUUAGAGGUCACCGAAGGCCUAUCUAUUACACAAGAACCACCAGUCCCCAAGCGUCGUGGACGUCCGCCGAAGAAACAAAAAACAGACAAUGGUGAACCAUCCGUAAAACGACGUUAUACAAAAAAAACUCAGAGUACUGCUGCACCUGACAUAACCGGGAACCAAGGCCAGCCCACGCAAAUCAUGUCUCUGGAUAAGCAACAUACCGACCAGCUAGUUCCUGCAGGUUCUAUACCUGUGAAUACUUCCAAUGUGGUCGUGACAAAUAAGCGGAAGGCCCCAGUUAAACAAACACAAACCCGUAAAUCGAAACGUAUGAAACAAGCAGCGCCUGAUGAAGGUAAUGCAGCGCCUAAUGUUGGUGGGGGCGAUAUCGAGGUAGUUACAGUACCAACAGAACCAGGCGCUGUCGCAAGUGCCGAACUCGAGAAUAAGCAGGUGAUAUCAAGUGAUUACCAAGAAAACGCUCGCCUUGAGAAAUCUAUGGAAAUUGCCAGAUUUACUACAGAACCUCGCGACAUUUUCGCAGUUAACGAUGAACGCGGUAUAGAGAAAAAUAGCAUGGAGAUAGUCGCCUCUGAUGGCAUAACUCCUGUUGGUUCUGCCCCUGGCGGCUCAGCUUCUGAAAAUUCAUCAAAGCCGGUUCACGUCAUCAAUGGGGUGGCCGUUCAGGAAGAAAAGCUAGAUGUUGAGGGGAACGAAUCCUACGGCUCCAUUGGUGGUAUGCUAGCACUGGCUCGCCAACAAGUUGUUCUUGAUCUCAUAAAGGAACAUGGCGGAGUUUUCCCCGGGGGCAAUGAGCUUCGUUUCGCGUUUGAUAAGAAAUAUCGUCAGAAGAAUCCAAAGGCCGGACUCUGUGAUCGGCGUCUAAUCCGAGGCAUAGUUCAAUCGCUCCAGUACAAGAAAAAAAUCCAGGCGCUUACGUUUACUUUUACCAGUGGUAGUGGGAGUGCAAUCACGAAAAAGAUAUUGGUAGAUGCUAGUAUCAGCACUGACUCGCCAAAGGUUGAUGCCAUGGUUAGGGAAAUGAUGUCUGUGGAAGGAAACCUUUGGUUUCCACCUAACACAGACCUCCAGCAGGAUAUCCAGGAUAGAUUCGCUAAACCACCACACUGGUCAUUACCCAAACCAAGGGAGGUCGAGGGUGUUGAAUUUGAGCGAAUACAUCCAAAUUCUGUCAUGCAGUUGAAGAUGAAGCGCGCUGCUAUGGCGGCUGAUCGCUUGGCCGCGAGGGCUGCAAGAAUAGCCACACCAACUAAACCCCGAGGCCGCCCGCGUAUAUACACCGAGACUCUCAUGCCGUCUACCUCAACAGGUAGACGUAAAAAAUUUACAGAUGAGCAAAAAGAGGAGGCCGCUCGCCGAAGAAAGGCUGAGAUUAAAGCUGAAAAGGUACUGCUGAAGUUAAAUCAGCAAUACCGUAACGAACCAUUUGACCCUUACGACCCGCCGCCCACAGAAGAAAAUUUACCAAGGCGAGUUUGGUGGAAUGACUUUGUGGAAAGGGAUCUUAAUGAGCCAAGAGACGAAAGGAGAUUUUAUCAAGAAAUUGAGGAGGUCGAAAAGUGGGAAAAAAGGAUGGAUAAGGCUCCCCUGGCUGAACAAAGUGAAAAAACUUUCAUUAUGAUAAAUCAUUUUGCACCUGAUACCCAAGUCGGCGAAAACUUUACACAAGUUCCUAUAUUAAAUAUGGACCAGCGCAUUAGGGCACCGGAUUUCUCUGAGACUCGACAUAUGGGUCCCCGAAAGCCUGGGCCGAAACCCGGGAGUGCUAGGAGGAAGCCAGUAUCAAAACCUACUCGGACAGUUGAUAUACUGAUGGGAGAAACACCGAAAAGAAAGCGUAGAGCUCCGGGUUCAUUCGAAAAGAUUCCUUCUCGUCGUGAGCGUGCUAUGACUGCAAUUCGCAAAAACACACUCAGGGCAUCCGACACACUUCCCCUUGAAGAACUCCCUCCUCGCAGAUUUCAGUUUAGGAAUCAGUACAUAAUACCUAAAGAGGAUGAAGAUUCUCUACUCAUCGCUAUAAUAAUUGUCAGAACUAUCUUUGGAGGUUGGGAUCGUAAGAUCGACUGGAACCUUGUACAGACUGCCAUCCCCAAGCAUAAUUCGUUAACACUACAGAAACGGUGGCCACGUGUGCGCGAGAUUCAUAAGACACACAUGAAGAAACUUCAAGCGGAAUUCGAGCAGAUGUUUCUUGAGGCCUACGAAAAGGGUGAAUUGCCGGCUUUCAACCCUGCAGAUUCGUCAACUUUUGACUUGCCAUUUGUCGUUACAUGGUUCCGUGAGAAUCUAGAACUUCCGGAGAGUCAAUCGGUACCCGAACUUCCGGUAACGCGUGAGGCUUUCGAUAAAAUUUAUGAACUACGUGCCGAUGGACCUUCAACUUGGAGGAACGAGUUCCACAGCCCUGUUCUUACAAUGGGGAAUAGAGGAAAUCAUUUUGUAUGCCAUCCUUAUGAGAUACCUUUACAUGAAAGAGAACGCCCUGCCGAGGAUGAAGAAACUCUAGAAUAUAUCAAGUCAGUAAUUAAGGCCAAUAUUAUCACUGAUGCCUCUGAGUAUAAUCCUAAGAAAGCAUUUGAGAUUCUGCACUCGUAUCCGGAGCGCCUUGUGGAUGAGGCAUUUUACACGCUCAUAAUCAGUAAAACAAUUGCGCAUAAGAAAGAUAAAACACGGUUCACACCAGGACGGAACUACGAGUUUACUGACAAGUUCCAUCACUCACUUCGCACACCAAUGGACGAAGGUCUUUUCGCCCAAGCCGUAUCUUAUGAGACAUACAUUCGUGAAAAUUUCAAGAGAUACAAAGCAAUUGAAGUGUCACCAUUGACAAAUGAUGGUUCAAUGGCUUGUUUGUUUGAUAUGAUGACUUCGAGACGGAUUAUUCUGUGUAAAAGCGGAUAUUUCGCUGAUAAGCUUGGCUUGAUCGAUGGGUAUAAAACGCGAGGAAUGGACAAAGAUAUCGUCAAUUUCAAGGUCCAGAUUAAACCAGGACCACGAUAUGAAUCCAAAUCAAGAACCCUCCCGGCGCCUCCAUUUCCAAGAGGAAACCCAGAAAGUAGGACUGAGCCCAUCCGCCUAUGGGUGGAUAUCAACGGGAAACUCAUCACAGGCAUGUGGCUUAAAGUCACAACUGCAGUUCUCGCAUUGAUCACUAGCCGGCCAGGAAUUCACAUGAAAGAAAUCAUGAGAGUUUUGUGGCCCGGAUUGACCUUAGUUGAGGUUGAAGAGAUUGUAAAUUGGCUAGCUUCCCGGGGAUCUGUCAAGUACAGUAAUGAGGGUGACGACGAUACCAAAACAGGAUGUUGGCCUAAUGAGGGCUAUUUCCUCGCUCUACAAUCUUAA